AGGCCGUGCCGACAGGCGGAAGUGAAGGGCUGACUGAGCUGGGGGAACUUUGCCCGGAUGGCACUUUCCUGUUCUACAGUCCGCCCCCGCCGGAGGGGCUCGGCUCUGAGAUCCAAGAUGGAGUUGUUGAGUCGAGCUGAGCAAGAGAUGAGUCUGGCGGCCUUGAAACAACACGACCCCUACAUCACCAGCAUCGCAGACCUCACGGGCCAGGUCGCCCUGUACACUUUCUGCCCCAAAGCCAACCAGUGGGAGAAGACUGAUAUAGAAGGGACGCUAUUUGUAUACCGAAGGUCAGCUUCACCUUACCAUGGCUUUACCAUUGUCAACCGACUGAACAUGCACAAUCUGGUUGAGCCAGUGAAUAAAGAUUUGGAAUUUCAGCUCCAUGAACCAUUUCUUCUGUAUAGAAAUGCAAGUUUGUCAAUAUACAGUAUCUGGUUUUAUGACAAGAAUGACUGUCAUCGCAUAGCAAAACUCAUGGCUGAUGUGGUAGAAGAGGAGACACGCCGAUCCCUGCAGGCUGCUCGAGAUAAGCAGAGUCCCAGCCAGGCCAAUGGCUGCAGCGAGCAGAGGCCUAUAGAUAUCCUCGAGAUGCUGAGCAGAGCCAAGGACGAGUACGAGAGGAAUCAGAUGGGCGGCUCAAAUAUCUCCAGUCCUGGGCUACAGCCAAGCACUCAGCUCUCUAAUCUGGGAAGCACCGAGACUCUAGAAGAGACACCCACUGGGUCACAAGAUAAGUCUGCUCCAUCUGGUCACAAACAUCUGACGGUAGAAGAGUUAUUUGGAACCUCCUUGCCAAAGGAACAACCAACAGCUACAGGCCUAGAGUCAGAAGACACAGACAAGCUGCUGGGAGAGGCACCACAGAAGGAGCCCAACUCAUUCCUCCCAUUUCCCUUUGAGCAGUCAGGGGGAGCCCCUCAAUCUGAAAACCUGGGUGUCCAUUCUGCCGCUCACCACACAGUCCAGCCUGAAGCCAGCGCCCCGGUGCUGAUCACUCCCGCCUCCAUUGCCCAGUCGGGUGACAAGCAUCCCCCAAGCUACACACUCCCACUGAGCCCUGGCCUCAGCCCCACUCUGCCAACUGAAGCUCCUACCACACAAGGUCCCCACUUACCUCGGAAUAGCACCAUGAUGCAAGCAGUAAAGACCACACCUAGGCAGAAGUCUCCACUCCUGAACCAGCCAGUCCCUGAGCUAAGCCACAGCAGUCUGAUUGCUAGCCAGAGCCCCUUCAGAGCCCCGGUAAGCCGGGCACACCCAGCUGGCACAGCCCUCCCAAGCGUUGAUCUGCUCCAGAAACUCAGGUUGACCCCACAGCAUGACCAAAUACAGGCCCAGCCGCUUGGAAAAGGUGCCAUGGCACCCAACUUUUCCUCGGCAGCUGGCCAACUGGCCACCCCUGAGAGCUUCAUAGAGCCUUCCUCUAAGACAGUGGCAGCAAGAGCGGCUGCCUCAGCCUCCCUGAGCAACGUGGUGCUUGCUCCAACCCUUCAGUCUAUGCAGCAAAACCAGGAUCCUGAAGUAUUCGCCCAGCCUAAGGUGUUACCCAGUGCCAUCCCGAUUGCAGGCCCUUCGUUGGUUACUGCAACGACCGCAGCAGUGUCUUCAGUCCUGCUGUCCCCCAGCGUGUUCCAGCAAACAGUUCCUAGGUCCACAGACCUAGAGAGGAAAGCCAGCUCCCCCUCUCCCCUCACUGUUGGAACCCCAGAAAAUCGGAGAAAGCCUUCCAUUAUUCUCAGCAAGUCCCAGCUCCAGGACACACUGAUCCAUCUAAUAAAGAAUGACUCCGGCUUCCUCAGUACACUUCAUGAAGUUUACUUGCAGGUUCUGACCAAGAACAAAGACAACCACAACCUAUGACUGCAGUGAAGGCAAUGUGAAGGGAGAGGGUCCGCCUCAAGACAAGCAGGCUUCCUCACGGAACACCUACAUGUUCCGUGAACAUGGAGCUCUGAGGAGCCUGAGAGAGAGAGAGAGAGCCUUGUCUUUAAGGAUGUUUUCUAGAGACAUUCUCAGUGAUGAUGGAGGUUUCACUGUGAAGCAUCACCAGCAAACCUUUGUUUGACAAAAACAACAAGAGACCAUUGUGUUGAGUUAUGUGGGUGUUUCAUCAGCUGUGAGCCAGUGUGUGGAAUGAGGAGCCUGAUUGUCAGCGUGCUCUCCAGGCCAUGGGGAGGAGCCCACACCCUCCCUCCUCUACCCCUAGAAGCUAUGAACUUGAUGUCAGCUCACAGAGUAGCUUCAAGUUUUAAGGAUCAGAAUUUAAGUUGACUCUUUGGAAGGUAUUUGUUCAAGUGAAGUAUAUUUUCUAUGAGCACCCCGCUUGGGCCUUAAGACUUCUGGGAUGUCUUUGUGUUCCGGGAAGUAUCCCUGGUCCUGCCCUUCCAGUGAAGCACGCAGGCUGGGCUCUGGUGGAGCAGGCUUCACGCCAUUGAAGCAGAGGCCAGGGCUGCACAGAUCCAGAUCCUACCAGAAGGCUCCAUUUUAGUGAACUCUUGGCAGUUUGUGUCAAGUUUGUGUGAAGCGCAGCCUUACUUUCCUUUUCUGUCUAAACACAGUUGAAGUUGUUGUUGAUUGUUUUUCUUAAUGCAUUGGCAAAAGGACCAGUGGACCAAGCUGACAAAGCCAUUCUGGUUCCAUUCCUCAAACAUGCUGAGAGCAGUUUAAAGCUAUGCAGAAAAGGGAGCUGUCCUCACACUGCCUUCCCUUGUAGACUAUGGAGUCAGUACGCAAGUGUGAGACCCAGAGCCUCCCUCACACACAGUGUGUUCCUGGGCUGCGAGCUCUCCCAGCCGCAGUGCAGAACUGGAAAGAUGCUUCGUGAUGCUGCUAUUGAUCCGCCAUGGUUUCUAUUUAUUCUUUUACGGCAUGUAAUGGUGUUUGGUAAUAUUUUAAUGUAGAAUUUGAUUAUUUCAGCAAUAGUAAUUUUGAGAUAUUCUUUGAAUGAAAAGUGUCUUCGUUUCUAUGAUACAGGUCAUUUUCUAGUAUUUAACCAAUUAAGAUGCACUGCUUACUUUUCUGAGCACUAUUUAAUGAUGGGUAAGAACCCAGUCAGCUCAACCAGCUAGCGUUUAAGGACUCGCUGUGAACAAUGCUGACACACCAGCGGUCCCACGGGCACAGUUGCUUAAGCUUUAAUGGGAACUCAAUCAAAGGCUCAUCGAUUUCUUUGUAGCUGAAGUUUUAGAAAAUUACUUAUCAAUUACUUAUUUUACUCUGGUCUUAGUUUUUAGCCUAAGAACACUUUGACCGGCUUGUGCUGACCGACGUGCUUCCUGGACAGUGUUUUUGCUUCAAGUUGAGUGUCUCCUCUCGUCUACCUAGUUCUGUGUGAGGUGUGCAGAAUUCAGGGGAGCCUAGACUUCUUCAUACCAAGUUAGGGAUAGCUUCAUGGUAGUGUGUAAAUAUAGCAACCAAAAAUUAAUUGUUCAUGUGUCAUCUAGGCAAGAUGGAGUCAUAGUGAGGUGAUGAAUGUGGCUGACGGUAGGUGGUGGUGGUCAGGGGCCGCGGGGCUGUUCUCAUAAUGUGAACAUGCCUGUAGGCCUGAUCGCCCCCGCAUGUGGCCUCAGUGGGCAUCAGUAGAGAGGAUUCAAAGCAUCUUCUUCUGAUAGGUAUGAAUUCCACUGACGCUUUUGAGUGUGUGUAAUGUGCUGUGAGGCUGAAGAGUGGGUACCCUAGAGCGUCUGCGGUCAGACCUGAUACUCUCACCCUUUAAUCCUAGGAAGGACUAUGAUAAACAGAAGGAGAACCUCUGAGAGGGAAGGCUUCCUCAGCGUAGAUGUAAACUUCUGGGUGCUGAAGGGAUGGAGACUUAAAGUGGGUAAACCUGUUUCAGCUCCAAGAUUUACACGGUCCAAGCAUUUACUUAGAAUUCAGACGCCAGAAGUUCCAGAUCAUGACUUGCAGGAAGCUGGGCCAGAAUGAGUCCCCAGAGAGUCAGGCCAGGCCUGACUGAGGUGCGGUUGGAUGAGUCUGGCCCGGGGAAGCUCUGUUGCCUUACUCCUCAUUCAGGCACAUUGUCCAGACCCUCUCCCUCUGCUGGCUAGAGUCGCUUGCAUGUUUACAGUGUCUUCUGGAACCUUAGUGUAACUGAAAGGGACAUUGGAGAUGCUUCUUGCUAAGCUGGCAGAGUCCAGAAGACCUCAUUAGGUCCUGCAGUCCGUCUAUAUACACACCCGCCCCUCACCUGGUGGUCAAAGGGUCUGGAAAGAGCAGCCCAGAGUUCAGUAUGCACUGUGUCUGGGGUGUCACCAGUGAGUGACACUGCUCUUUCUGUUGUAGUUAAUGUUAUGUCUUUGAAUGGGUAAGCACCCAGCUGCCCCUCCCCCAGUCCUUCUCAGACUGCCUUGUUCCCGGUUGUUACCUCCCGGGGCCCGGGGCCCACUUGAUCUACUUGACUUCGAGUGCUGACUCUCAAGUGACCAUCAAUGUCAGGAAAGGCCUCCCCGCAGGCUCCACAGACUGUCCACAGCUUGCCCCCAACAGUGAUGUUCAUUCCAAAUCCAAGCCAAGGCCUUAGCCCGGGCCUGGCUUAGAUACCAGUGACCAGAUUUUGCAUGUGCAAACAUUGGUUCUCUCUGUGGCCUGAAUCUCCUUAUGGGAAUGAAUUAUAAAUGCCAUUGAAUCCACUAGUAAGUAAUCUUUUUAAACCAUGCAACUGUAUUGCUCUGUUCCCCCCAAAGAAUGUCGUUUGAAAUUUCCUCAUUUCAGUACUAGAGGCCAGAACUGCCAUAUAAUUAUAAUACUGAUAAUGCAACCUGAAACUCAAGGUGCCUACCUGCUCACACAGCAGAGAUGGCCAUCAUACUGCAACUCAGAGGGAAGAAAGGGGCAUGGGCCCAGGAGGAGCCUGCGAGGCAGGCACUGAGGGGUCACAGCCCGAGUCCUGUGUCCUCACGGUACACCUCCUGAGGACCAUGUGUUUCUUCUUGCCUGCCUUUGUUUUUCUUCAGUUGUUCAGAGUGUGGAUCUUCUAGAACCAGCAUUGCCCGCCCUGUUCAAGAAUCUAAAAUGCUCUGGUCUGAGCAGGGCACCUUACAGUGGGCUUUGAAGGCCGCUCACGGAAGCGUUUCCAUGAGGACCAGGGCAGGCCUCCAGGAGCCUGUGGGGUUUAGGGUUGGGGUUGAUUUGUUUGUUGUUGUUUUGUUUUGUUUUUUUAUUUUAAGUUUCAGCAGGAGAGAUGUGCAAUGUUUAACUCGGAUUCCGAUCUGACGUCACUCUUUCAAACGCUGCAAUGCAAUACAGAUCACUUUGAAGUGGGAAAAUGCAGAGCUGUGUUUGCCUUUAUCUGUGAAUCCUAAGACACGUGUUGUUGGUGUGCGUGCUGAGUGCUUUCUCUCUACUGCUUUGACCCUUUGACCCAUGACCCUUUGACCCAUAACUGCAUUGCACCAGGCUCUCCACCCUUCCGAGGAGGUGAGAUGCCCCGCGCCACCAUGAAGCUUUCGUUCCGUGAGCGAGCGCAGUACCACCUCAUUAACCUUUUUAGUGGUGUGGAUUUUAUACCAUCUGUGUAUGUUUGCAAAUAUUAAGUUAUUACAUGUUUUAAAAUGAGCAUUUUUCAUCCUAAAUUUUAUAUGUUUGCAAAUAUAUUUUUUUAAUAAAAUUUCAAAACCAA